GUCCUCUCUGUUUGUUGCUCUAGCAAUGUCGGUCCGCCCCUUGAAACCUCAGUUAACACUUCUCUUAAAUAAUGUUCCUUUUACAGGGCUGGUGGACAUUGGAGCUGACGUUACGGUGAUUCGUGAUCCGGAGUGGCCAGGACCAUUGUGGGUUCCGGCCCGGUGUGUGCGACCAGCACUGAAACAGCAUGGCGUGGCACCAGGGGCUAUCGAACCCCAUACUGGAGUUUCAGCUGACCUUGGAGGAGAAUGCGGUGCCUCCCAGGUCGACAACGGCGGGACGGAAACAGAGGAGGUGUAGCGUCCCAAGCCAGCCCAUGACAUGGGGAGCAGUAAAAGCAUUGGUCGCUGCGGCUCAAUGAAGACUGGCAGCAAACCAACAGCCAGAGACUCCUGAGACUCUGUUUGUGGCAAUUCUUGCCCAAAUUACUGCUAAUUCUGUAUUAAUUGUAUGCCUUUUGUGCCUGCUAUUUCCUGUAGGGGUUGGCUCGGGAGCGCUUCCUCCGUUACGGGCCCAAAUGACAUAUAACCUAUGGGAAAGAUUGGCUUCAAUAGCAAAUGUUACCCACUUUUGUUUAUCUGAUUCUGUAGCAGCCGGAGAACUGUUAGGUACAUGCCUUAUUCCAGUAUGUCAUCACCCUGAGGAAAUAGGGAAUGAGACGAUGCUCGCUGCUUACGCGAAUCUCUCUUCCCAGUACUCUGGCAUGGCUAAUUGGGGCCCGGCCAACUAUACUUUGCCUCAAACGGCCGUAUCCCUCCACACGCCGUAUCCGGCCGGGGCCAACAAUGUCACCUGUGCGCGUGUGGUCAAUUGCACUAGUACAAAGGUGCCCUUAAGCUGUCGGCAAAUUUCUCAACCUUUUUUAAAUUGUUCCCAUGCCGUGAAUAUUUCGUACAAUUAUGGCCAUAUCAUCCUACCAUCAGGGUGGUUUUUUACCUGUGGCUCACGUUCCUUUAGUUAUAUUCCCGCAAAUUUAAGCGAUGGCACCCUUUGUUGCCUCAGUAGAAUGACACUCAUUUUGCCUUUUGCCGGCCAAAAGCGCAGUAAAAGAAGUACACCCCUUUCAGAAGAUUGUGUCGCAGAUGUCAAUCUUCUCAGCCGCUCUGAGUAUACCGCCUUAGAGGCCUCUAUUGUUGGGGUCCCUGGGCUUGCCACUUAUACAGCAAAAACUUUAAAUGCCCUGGCGUGUUUUGCGGCAAAGGCAAUUAAUACUACAUCCCAGGCAAUUGCCCUACUUAACACAGAGCAACACGAAUUAAGGGAUGCAAUUUUGGAUACCAGAGCAGCCAUUGAUUUUCUGCUCUUGAAACAUCAUUUAGGCUGUUCCACGUUUCAGCAUAUGUGUUGUUUUAAUUUAACUGAUAAUAGUCAUUCCAUAGAAACUAGACUGGCCAAAUUGGCCAAUCUUAUGGCACACAUAUGCCAAGAUCUGGGGUCUGAGGGCUUUUGGAAUUGGCUUACAGGUUGGCUGCCCUCUCUAGGAUGGCUGCGACAAUUCUUCGGUUAUGCUGUAUUUGUGAUUGUUGGGCUUAUUUUUUGCUGCUGCUGUGUACAAUGUAUUCCCUCUUUGUUAAGGCUUUGUAGAGACCUGCCCUGGCAGGCUCCCCGAAGAAUAGCUGAUUUCACUGCCUUUCACCUCAUUCCACCGCUUCUGCUAGAGUCUCCAUAA